CCGGUAGAUGCCGGAUGCGCCGAUGAGGAUCUAUGUAUCAGGCGGCUUCCCGGGGUGAUAUCGAGUUGAAAGACAAGGUGAAAGGCGAAAGGAAUAGCUGAUGAUGCCAUCCAUUACGAGGCAAGAAAUCCAAAUCGUCAAAGAAACGCAUUAUGGUUGCGAUGGUAUGGAGCCAGGAGGAACUCCGUGGUCCGGUAGUCGUCCCCUUACUAAGUUAGCACUUGUUACCUGUUGCCUGUUAGCAGCGAUUGGUGUUUUGGUGUUGAAUAUUCCGUAUGGUACGCCGCAUUCGGCUUAGUUAAAGCUCCACUCUUGGCAGUUGGCUUCCAUGUCCGUGACAAUUGACAAGGUGUGAGAGAUCUGAGCUCUUCAAGAUUUAACC